AUGCCACCGAAAGCCGAUAUCAACAAGUCUGGCUGGGAGUCAAGUGAAUUCCCUGCCGUCUGUGAGACCUGCUUAGGACCCAAUCCAUACGUGCGCAUGACAAAAGACAAAUUCGGAAAAGAGUGCAAGAUAUGUACGAGACCAUUUACCGUGUUCCGCUGGUCUCCCGGGACUGGCGAGCGCUACAAGAAGACCGAUAUAUGCAUGACCUGCGCUCGACUAAAGAACUGCUGCCAGUCCUGUCUACUUGAUCUGCAGUUCGGUCUACCUAUUCAGAUCCGCGAUGCCGCCUUGAAGCUUGUCGCGCAAGGUCCUUCGAGCGACAUCAAUAAGCAAUACUACGCGCAGAAUAACGAAGGAAAGCUCAAGGAUGGAGAUACACCCGUGAACUACCAGAAUGCAGAUACAGCAGCUCGUGAUCUGCUACGCAAAUUGGCAAGGAGUGAACCAUAUUUCAAGCGCGGCAAGGCAUAUCCUUGUACAGCAUUCGCUCAAGGACACUGUUCACGUGGCGCAUCUUGCACAUUAUCGCACGAUCCGGCGGACUUGAAUCCUGAUGUAGAGGGAGGCAGCAGUUCAAAAUCUGUUUUACGAAUCGGUGGUCAGGUGGAUAUGAGGCCACCCAACGACCCCAAGAUUACAUCUCUGUUCUUGACUGGAGUUGAAGACGAUCUACCAGAACACGCAAUCCGCACGUUCUUCUCCGCUUUCGGCCCUAUCAAGUCUGUCGUCUGCGUGCAUCGCGCGAGAUCGGCUUUCGUAAACUUUGCUACUCGUGCCGGGGCAGAGGCGGCUGCAGAGACUACGCGCGGGCAAGCAGUUAUCAAGGGAUGCCUACUAAAGGUAACUUGGGGAAGAAGGACAAAUGGUCCCCUGGGUGGACGAAGAGAAGGAGAAAACGCGAGAGCUGUCUUGAUAGAACAAGAAGUUACUGCAAAAAGUGAAGCUGCGGCCAGAGCUCCAACGGCUCCCGGGAGAAUGUUGGAGAGGAGACUCGAAGAUGUAGCGCCGGAAGAGAUCGAACUUGCACCACCGCCAGGCGCGCAUGCUGGUGUCACCUACAAGAACCAAUCGGAGGAGUAGAAUAGUCAUAAUUUUUGAUUGACAGACCGCGGUCUGCGUGGGAAUCAGUUUCUAAGGCCAAAACAACUCAACUCCAAACGGGUUCGUCCAGGGAAC